UUGUUAACAAGCGUCUAGCGGUUUUAGGAUAUAUGUAUAAAAAACAAAACAAUAACAAAUGGUUUAAAAUAUUAUUUAUAAAAACAAAUAAUAAAAUUAUAAAAAACAACAAUAAAAAAGUUAUUAUGGCAAAAGAAAAAUAUAAAUUAUUUUAAAAAGUUAUUAAAACGUUUAAACAGUGAAUAAUGUUAAAUGAAAUAAAGAAAAAUCUUAAAACAUUUUAAAAAGAAUAGUGUCUCAAAAAAUUAUAAAAUUAUUAAAAGAAUAAAAAAAAAUAAAUAAAAUUUAAUAAAAAUAAAUCAAAUGUUUUCAAUAUGACCAUAACAACUAAGGAAUUCAGUGAUCUAUUACAAUAUUUCUCUGUGAAAAAUGCUUCCAAUCACAUUAUAUCGUUGGCUUUAACAGUCAACGAUUCAUUUGUUGUGGGAUUUAAACAGCAAACCGUUACAUUCGAGCAACCGCCCUGGGAUAUACUCGAUGGAGAUAAUGCUUCAACGUCAUCACUCUUCAAUCAAUACAUAGAUAAUUCCUCCAGCCUACAAUAUGCUACCAAUGAUACAUUUUUAAACAAAACCCAAUUGAGUGUCAAGAAACGCAACAGUACGGAAAUACCCAUAUGGUUGAUACCAUGCUACAGCAUUAUUUUAAUAUUUGCUAUUGUAGGCAAUUUACUGGUGGCCUCAACAUUGUUUCAGAAUCGUCGUAUGCGUACAAUAACAAAUGUGUUUUUAGCAAAUCUCGCAAUUUCCGACAUGCUGCUGGGGGUCCUGUGCAUGCCCAUCACUCUGGUGGGAACGUAUUUGAGACAUUUCAUUUUCGGUGAAUUGGUGUGUAAAUUUAUACAAUUUGCUCAGGCUGCUUCAGUCGCUGUUUCAUCGUGGACUUUGGUGGCAAUAUCAUGUGAACGUUAUUAUGCCAUUUGUCAUCCACUACGCUCAAGGACAUGGCAGACUAUAAAUCAUGCAUAUAAAAUAAUUGGUUGCAUUUGGUUUGGCAGCAUCGUUUGUAUGGCACCAAUAGCUAUUUUUAGUCAAUUGAUACCGACAAGUCGUCAGGGUUUACGAAAAUGUCGCGAACAGUGGCCAGAGGAAGCAGUUGGCUAUGAACGUUUCUAUAACAUAUUUUUAGAUCUCGUACUGUUGGUGUUACCUUUGGGCAUAUUAUGUGUGGCAUACAUUCUAAUAACACGCACAUUAUAUAUGGGAAUCAAGGAUGAAAAAGCACUUAUAUUUGGUAAUAAAAACAAUAAUGUGACCCAUGGUGCUACAGGCGAAUCCAAAAUUUACACACAAGUUGAGGCUGAAAUGAAAACACCAACUGUAUUUAAUUUGAACAUGUCAUUUCGAUAUCAGACACGUAAAGGCACUGCUAGUACUCUGACAGGAUCAGGUACAGUCGCUGGUUGUGUCAACAAUGGUGAUACAUUGCAAACAAUGAAAUCAGCAACAAAUAAUUGUAGAGAAACAAAAUAUUGUACAAGCAGCAGUACAGGAGCAGAAAAUAAGUAUUCAGCCAUGGGUUCAAUUUCACCUUCAGCAGCAGGUGUAGUAUACGGUAGAAGAGGUUUGUGUUACGAUUCUUCGGCAAACAUUCAAGCGGAAACUGAAAUAUCAUUUAAGGAAACAAAAGAGCAAAGUAAUAAUCUACAAACACAAUCAACCUUGCGUCAACAUUGUAAUGAUGAUAUUUCUCAACUCGGUGCUUGUAGUGUAGAUAAAACAGUAGCCACUUCUGCAAUGACAACAGCUAAUAGACGUAAAUUUGUGACAAAAUCAAACGAUGGUCGUCAACUACAAUUGUAUUGUAUGCGAUCAGCAUCUGUGAAAUCGUUGAAUCGCAACAGUAGUAAAAAUAAAGCAGAGAGGCAGGAUGCAGCAUCCUCAUCAUGCUACUCACUAAAUACAAUGCCAACAACACACAUCACUAGAUUACAGCCAAGGCAAAGUUUUAAUCAAAAGCAACAGCAGUUGCAAUUUCAUCAACAACAGCAGCAAAUGAGUGGUGUAGUGGAAAAGCGUAAAUUGAAUUCAAUGCCCAGUUUACGCAUCACGGAGUCGGCACUAAGAAGAUCAAAUCUUGAAAAGAAUUUGGAGAGUAAAAAACGUGUCGUGAAAAUGCUGUUCGUUUUAGUUUUGGAAUUCUUUAUUUGUUGGACACCCUUGUAUGUUAUCAACACGAUGGCCAUGUUUAUAGGUCCAGCCAUCUAUGAAUAUGUGGACUAUACAACGAUAAGUUUUUUCCAACUUCUGGCCUAUUCAUCAAGCUGUUGUAAUCCCAUUACCUAUUGUUUCAUGAAUGCCAGUUUUCGUCGAGCUUUUGUGGAUACCUUUAAGGGGAUGCAUUUAAACGGUGGCAGUUUUUGGCAUAAAAGUUCAAAAGCUACCACAAAUUUAUCAGUAGCUGGCAAUUCAAUUGCUAUGGCCAAUAGUUGUACUGUGGUGACGGCGAACACUGUCUUAGACAGUCCAAGACUUUGAAAUAAUUGUGAAAGUGUGUGAGUGUCGAAGACAACGAAUAUAAAUUCUAUUCAACUAAAUCAAACAUCUGUUUUUUAGUUACUUUUAUAGAAGAAUAAAAAAAUUUACAAAUGCACAAAGUUAUAAAAAAAUCUUCAUCCAAUAGUGUUUUGAAAAUAUCUCUAAAACUAACAUUUUUUAUGAAUUAAUAUUUUUUAUUUAAAACGUAAAUUCAAUGAUUUUGCACUAAAUAUUGUAUAUAUACGCCAGUUUAGAAAUCAAUAAUCUUUUGAAGUAAAAGUUUGAUAAAACAAGUUUUAGCUGGAAAGUAAGUCUAGGCAUUUUGCCAGGGAUUCAUUGAGUUUAAAAAAUUCUUGUGGUAAUUAUUUUUAACUGAGAAGUCAAACUUCUCAAGGGUUGUAAAAUUCAGAAAACAGUUGUGAUUUUAACCCUAAAUUGAAUCAUAAAACAACUAUAAAACAUAAAUCAACAAAAAUAAAUCUAAUAUGUGUUUAAACUAAAAAACUAUUAAAUUAUAAAUAAAUCAAACUAAAAAAUAAUCUCUCUAAAAUCUAAUCAAUGUAUAUAUUUACAUAUGUAUGUAUAUGAACAACAUAUUUACAUGUACAUGUAUCAUUUCUAAUCGAACAUUUUAUUUGCUUAUGAUAGAUUUUUCAUUUUGUAUAUAAAUACUUCUAUAGAAAAAAUAUUAAACUAACUAAAAAAUAAAACUGAAAUAAUAAACAUUUAUGUACUAUACAACUAUUAAAAUAUUAUUCUAAUACCAUAAAUAUCUAUGACAACAAAUAAAUAUAAAUCACUUUUAAGAAAAAAUUAAAAAUGAAAACAGAUACAAAUCUCUUUUAAAUUAUAUGGAAAACAUAAACACUGACAUAAUCAAAAUGUUGUUAACAAUAAAUAAUGGUGGCAUGGUAUAAUACAGUAAAUUGUGUCAUACAGUAUCUAUGAAAAUGGUGAUAUUUUGAAAAGUUUCGAUGUAAUGACUAAUUAUUACACUUUUAAGUUGUUGUGUAAUAUAUUUGAAUACCAUGUUUCUUUUUAUAUCAAGGAUCUCAUAGUAGACUUUUUUGUUGGUCAUAAUAUUGUAGGAUUUUAUGACAUCUUCCCUAAAAUAUAAUAACAAAUUGUUUAUAUUAUAAAUAUAUAUAUUUUUUUGUUAACAACAAAUGUUUCAAUUAAAAUAUUAUUAAAUUUAUGUACAUAAA